GUUUGACAUCACCGCUCCCACGUGUUCUGUGCUCUCCAGCGGCUGCGGCACCCUGACCUCGACCCUCAGCCCCCAGACUCCGCCUGCAUUGCAGCCCCCCAGCCUCUUACCAGUCGGAUGCGAGAGCCUGUGAUUAAGUAAGAAAUCAGGCCUCACUGGAGAAAGACGUUCAAGCAAAGGCUGGACAACCACUUUUCCAGAACAAAAAGGAAACUCAUGCAUCAGAAAAGGUGACUAAUAAACAUACCAAAAGAAUAUGGCUGCACAAAUACCAGAAUCUGAUCAGAUAAAACAGUUUAGGGAAUUCCUUGGAACCUACAAUAAACUUACAGAAACCUGCUUUUUGGACUGUGUAAAAGACUUUACAACAAGAGAAGUAAAACCUGAAGAGAUCACCUGUUCAGAACAUUGCUUACAGAAAUAUUUAAAAAUGACACAAAGAAUAUCCAUGAGAUUUCAAGAAUAUCAUAUUCAGCAGAAUGAAGCCCUGGCAGCCAAAGCAGGACUCCUUGGUCAACCACGAUAAAGAGAAAUCCUGAUGGAUGGACUUUCAAUGAAAGAUUGCCAACAGCUGUUGCACUGGAAAUGAGGAUUCAUGUGAUGGAAUCCCCUGAAAGCAGUAGGCACCAUGUUAAACCACCUGUCGUGACUCUUUGGCAAUGGAAACCAAUGAAGAAACAACAUCGCUGUUCACCAAGAAUAAUAAAAUAGAAGAUCUUAUUGUUCAGAGAAAAUAAUAAGAUACAUUUGUUGAGGCCUUAAGAUUCUGCAGCUUGGUCCCUUGAUUAGAAAAAUAAACCAUUGUUUCUUCCAUUGUGACUGUUAAUUUUAAAGCAAAAUAUGUGUCCAAUCAUGUAUGAGAUAGAAAAAUUUUUAUUCUAAAAGUGAAAUAAAUGGAAAUAUCACUAAGCAGUUGUUUAUGCUAUAUAGAACCAUAGUUUUCUGACUGGACUGUGGAUACGUUGAAAUGUUUUUCAAUCGGGAUCAUCCAUCCUCCAAGCAUUCCUGUUCAUUCAUUUCUGCCUCAAGUUGCUGGUAAAUACAUAAAACAGUUACUUGCUAAUCA